AUGCCCGCUACGGCGUCCCGUGCCGUUCUUCGGCAAUCGCAGUUCCUGACCCGGAGGACCGCUGUCAGAUACGCCUCCUCCACCUCCGAGUCCGCUCAGAAGGCUGGCGAGGCUGCAUCCUCUGCUGCCUCCAAGGCGUCUGAGGGUCUCUCUCGUGUCACAUCGACCGCUGGCCCCGCUCUUUCGAAUGCCGCCCAGGGCGUCGGCAGUGCACUGAGGAAGGUUGGUGGAAGGACCGGAAAAGUCAUCGCUUUCGUCGAUUCUAUGAUACCCCCCACCCUCUACUACGGCAAGGUCGGCCUUGAACUCGCCAAGCUCGUUUUCCGUGGACAGAGCAUGACUCCUCCCAACCUGGCUACCUUCCAGUCCUUCUACCAGCCUCUGCUCAACGCUUUCCGCAGCCCUGCCGCCCUUAAGAACGCCAACUUCAUCUCGCCCGGAGACAUCGCCGCCCGUGUCCGCAAUGCCAACAAGAAGGAAAUCGCCCUGGCCGGUGUUACUCUCGCGGAGGUUAUCGGAUUCUUCACCGUCGGUGAGAUGAUCGGUAGAAUGAACAUUGUCGGCUACAGGGGCCACCCUGAGGACCACGGAGACCACUAG